UGUCACACUCCCUUUCUCCAUUCAUCAUCACCACCACCACCACUACCAUUUCACCCUACUCUUAUCGAUUUGGCACAUUUUGCCCCUCAGAUUUAAACAUCAUGGGGUUUUCAACCCGUCUCCUCCGCAUCCCGCGGCCAGAGACCUUUCUCUAUGUCAUGAGUCUUCAGACCGGUGCAUCCUUAAUCACUUUAUCGUUACUUCUCAACAAAAUCAGCGGCCUCUAUGGCUUGCUCGCCCUUUUGACCGGUUACCAUCUUUCACCUGUCCAACUGUCGAUGUACCUUUACUCCCUCCUCGCGCUGGGUCUCGUCACAUAUCUCUUCCCUCAUAUUCGCCAACAGUCUCCCCUGCAAUGUCUUGCGCUCGCCUGGCUCUACGUUCUCGACAGUAUCAUUAAUGCAGCCUACACCACCGCCUUUGGGGUCACAUGGUUCCUCGUUAUAGCCCAACACUAUGAUAAUGGAAGCGCCUCCGGACCGGGCGCGGAGACCAUCGCGCAAACCGCCGGUUUCACCAGUCCAAAGUACGAUUCGUCGCACAAGGAUCAAGCCGAUCCCUAUGCAAGGAGAUCGGAUGCCCUGGGUAACGCCGUGUCUCAGCCUGAAAGCUUCCAAAGCAUCGUUUUCAUCUGCCUGCUGUGGACCAUCCGCAUUUACUUCGUCUUUGUCAUGCUGGCCUUUGCGCGACAGGCCCUCCGUCUCUACGUCGCCGUGCCGCGACACACUCAACUCCCGACCCACAGCCGCAACACCUCCAUCGCUAGCGUGGCUAGUGUCGCCGACAUUGAUCGCGAACCAUUCUCUGCGCACAGCCCCGAUGGCCAAGGGUGGCAGGGUAAACUGGGACGUAUCAUGAUCAGCAUCGGUCGCAACUACUGGCUGGGUGAAGAUGAGGAGGGCGGUAAUUGGGUGAAUACUCUCAACCGCAAUUUCCGCGCCCGCAACGCAGAACCUGAGCUGCCCGGUCCCCUUGAGAGAGAAAGAAGACGGCGAUCGGGUACCGGCCCUCCCCAGCCUUCUCAGUCAACCGUCCAGGCAGCCGCCCUGCUGCAGCCGGUCUACGAACACGUACCGGGAACGAAUGGAAAGAUGCAUGGCUGGAAUGAUGGCAGGUAGUCUCGCACUCGAAGCCAACAGUCAACACUGAGCGUUGCCGACUUAUACAAAAAGCCGAUUCUCACCUGUCGCAGGGCUUCGGUUCCGUCUCCGAAAGGCUGGCAUAUUAGCGCCCCUUCCACGAAGUGAGGCAGCUCCCGUGCUAUCGG